AUGCAAGGAAGCUUGACGUCGUUCUCGCCGCUGCUGCCCACGGCCGACGCGCCGCCGCACAAGAACGCAGCGCAAUUUCUCUUGAUCAACCUCGUGCUGCCGCUCCUUCUCUACUACGUAAGCAUUCCGUUCGCGACGGAGCUGCACGCGAUCUUGCUCUCAGCGCUGCCACCCGCGCUGGAAACGCUGUACCACAUCGUCGCCUUCCGCUGCCUCGACCCGAUCUCCGCCCUGCAGGUGCUGGCGACGGUGCUGGCGCUCGCUGUCCUCUUCGUCACCAACGAGCCCAAGGUGCUCCUCGUGAAGGACUCGUUCACGACCAUGACGAUCGGCGUCGGCUUUCUUCUCUCGCUCCAGUCGGAGAGCGAGAACCUCGUGUGGCACUACGUGCGCGGCUUCUACGGCUCCACAGACGCCAAGCGCGCGUCGCUUGCUACCUACUGGCGCCAUCCCGAGGUCCAGGCGGUCUCGGCGCGCGUCUGCCGCGUCUGGGGCGUCGCACUCCUCCUCGAAGCGUCGUUGCGCGUGACGUGCAUUGGCCUCUUCUCGAUAAGCAGCAUCGUGCUGCUGUCGCCGCUGCUGGCCCUCGUCUUUGCUCUGCUCGUGCUGCUCUGGACACGAUCGUACGUCGACCAGUGCAACUUGCCGGCGCUUGACCCGCCCACAGUGUCCAUCUACCAAGCGAUCUGAUGCGACAUGUGGUUUUAUAUAUAUCAUCUUUCAACCGAAUAAAUACAGAACGGGGG